UGCCCCCUCCCCCUCUACGCCUCACAUCUCAUUGCAAAGGGAGAAGCAGUGGAAACGAAGGACGAGAGAAAGGGAGAACAAAAACGUGACACGGCACCCAAAGCGUGUUGUUAUGCAACUGCUGACCUACUAACAUACAUUUUGAGAGAGAGAGAGAUAGAGAGAGAGAGAGAAUUGGAGCAAGUCACUAACAUAACACGAGGAUUCAAAGCAAAAAGGGAGACACGGAACCCAUACGCUGAGACUGAGAAACACUACCUUUGAUGCCAGAGACUCCUGUUUGACCGCACCAGUACAUUUCAGUCCAAACUUGGGAGACAAAAAAGAAAGAAGCGAGAAUACACUACAACCAUAACUCCUGAAUAGAAGCGACGAUAUGGAUUUGUAAUUAAACGACAUUAAGACUCCAGACUCCUUUUCUUUGUGAGCAGUGACACAGAUCCUGGUGCCCCCCAGGAACCACCGAGGUGCAGAAAAUCCUGAGGCAGACAGAGUGACCUAGAUCCGCGGGGACAGCCUGGAGCAGUGGGUCACAUCUCCGGAAGGUUGCGAAACAAAGAACAUCCGGCGUGUUCUCCAGACCCCGAGGAAUCCCCUCAGACACCCGUGACCCACAUUUUGCCGUUUCCAAAGUGACGAGUCGAACGAUUCGCCGUGAGCACCCCGUGCCGAGAUAAUCACACCGUCUGCCACCUGACCGCGAGAUAAAUGCGGAAGAUCUGCGUGGAGUUCCACCUCUUCUUGAUCUUCCUGGCUGAACUUGACACGUGAGGGUUCACUUAAUCCUAGGGCGAAAUCAAUGAGGUUUCCUCUCGAAAGAGCACAAACACCUCACCUGGAGUUUUUUGCAGACCCUACCACUUAGAAAUCAAAUCCAGAUCAAAAUAAGAACCGCUUUUGUUUUGCUCCUUCCACUUCUGCAUUUUCUUCGGCUUUCUCAGUUAAUCCCAUUUCGACGACGGCAAUGCGCCACAUUUCAAAUCUGGCCACCGGCGAAGAAUUAUGGAAAGCCUGAACUUGCACGUCCUGUCAUCCGACCCCAGCAAUUUUGAGAACUUGGAGACCCUCUCCUGCCACAGCGAGCGGGCGGAGUCGCCCCACAGCAGCCCGUCGCGCGCCCCCCGCCAGCCCAAGGCCAAGCCCAAGCCCAGCAUGACGUGCCGCCGCAAGCGGGAGUUCAUCUCCGACGAGAAGAAGGACGCCUCCUACUGGGAGAAGCGCCGCAAGAACAACGAGGCGGCCAAGCGCUCGCGGGAGAAGCGCCGGCACAACGACAUGGUGCUGGAGAACCGCGUGAUGGCGCUCAACGACGAGAACGUGCGGCUGAAGACCGAGCUGCUGCAGCUGAAGCUGCGCUUCGGCCUGAUCAGCACCGCCUCCUACGUGGAGAAGAGCCAGCAGAUCGGCGGCGGCGGCGGCGGCGGCUCCGCCUCCUCCAGGAACCCCUACUUCUCCAGCAGCGGCUACUCCAGCUCCUCUCAGGUGAUGAUGAACUCGGACUCCUCCGAGGGCGAGCGCCACACCCCGCUGCCCAAGUACUCUCCCCGCGGCUCGCUGUCCGACAUGUCCGACGGCUCGUCCCGGGACAGCCCCGAGCCCAUGGCCUACGAGGUCAAGCGCGAAGCCGCCAUGGACAUGGGCGGGAUGGAGGCCAACAUGUUCAGCGUCCACCACGGCCUGGGCUCCUCCUCCUCCCAGCUCCACCAUGCCCAGGAGAUGGACCAGGUCAUGGACUAUCACCGCGGUCACCAGGAGGCCGUGGUCAGCUCCACCCCCCCUGCUCCCGCCCCCCAGAGGAGCGUGAUCCUGUACCGCUCCAGCAGCGUGUCCUACCCCAUCGACAGCCACAGGCUGCAGGACAUGGACCAGCAGCCGCCGGGCCCUCACCAGCACAACGCUCCCAUGGUCCAUCUCAGCCAGGCGAGCAGCGACCCAGCCAGGCUGGAGGGCUCAGCAGCUUCCAUGACGGAGGUGGCAAAGCAGCUGGAGAUGAAGUCCUUAGACUCCCCUCCGUACGACAACGCCAACGGCUAUAACGACGAAGGGGAGAGACCAGGCUUUGAAGGCAGCCACCACCAGCAUCAGGAGACACAGGGACACUAUUACCAGAGCCACACUCUGCAGAAGAACGGCGGCCGCAGUUCUUUCGCCCCAGACCUCCUUCACAGCAGCGAGGACGGUGAGCCCCACCGGUACCGUCGCCGCCACUCCUACCUCAGCCCUGCGGACGAGGAGCCGCCCGUGCUGACCUACGAGGGCAGCAUCAAGACCAAGGGGUACUACCAGGAGCAUUCGUCCUCGGCCAAGGACACCUCCUCCAGCGACGGGGACCCCCGCAGCUCGGACAAAGAGGCCUCCACAGACGACGAGUCGCCCUCCUCCUCCUGCUCUGAGACGGGCGGCUACCGCCGGAGCCUGUCGACCGGGCGGCUGGGUUCCCCCUCCGCCUGCCUGCCGGCCGAGGGGUCCCACUACCAAAGCGAGGAGAACCAGGUGGAGGUCCGGGGCACUGCCCUGCCCCACAAGCUCAGGCUCAAACACAGGGCGCUGAGCAAUGGAGGGGGCGGGCCCCAGUGUGACUCCUCCCCCACCGCAGCGGCCACCUCCCCAGCCCUGCCCCAGCACCCCUACCUGGCCCUCAUUCACAACGCCCAGCACGCCGGCAGCAGCUGUGGCUACGGGGAGGGGGACAGGUCGUCGCCUUUCAGCUUCGGCAGGCAACAAGAAGGGGGGGAGGAGAAGAACGAGAACGGGAAGGAGGAGUUUGCCGGUCAGAAUAUCCGAAACAAGAGGCAUGACUGAGGGAGAGACAGAGAGAGCGAGAUGUGAGAAAUAGACUCAUUGCGUUUUGUGGCAAAAUGCCUCUCCUUAACUGUCACUCAAGAAAAAAGAAACUCUCCAGAGACAACUCCUACACUCGCCAUCUACCCAAAUACACUGUGUCCAGUACUUUGCCAUUGCUCCAGCAUCAUAAGUACCCCUCAUCUUCAGAACCAGAGAGCAGGACUCACUAUGUAAACCCCUAAAUGUAUCUGCUGGACUUCUGGGUUCUCUUAUCUGAUGCCAUGGCAUGGACCAGCCAGUGGGCUGUUCUCUGGGCAGCACACAGCAGCGGCACUUACAGAUGGGAUUAAAUGUAUUAAUGGGAAGGGGAAUGGAACUCUCUUAGAUAUGUCAUGAGACAUUCAGUAUCCACGACACAUUGAUUACCAUGAAUUCAUAUUCGAAAGAGAGGCUGCAACCUCAACAAGUGCCCUUGUUACGGUGUGUGUGGUCACACUCACUUGGACUCGCUGGGUGGAGUCCACACACCAGCAAGGCAUUCUGGGAAACAUCCCUGACCAAAGUUCCAUUUCCCAGAGUUCCUUCCUUCUGUAACCCCAUCACUUCCAGGCCUCUUGUACAUUUUCUUUGUCCAUCCAGGCCUCACCACCCUUUACUUUGCAAGCACUUGGAUUGUAUUUUACUGUGAUAUAUACAUAUAAUAUAAAUAUAUACAUAUAUUUUAAGAAAAAAAAACAAAAUCAUAAAAACAAAACAAGAGGGCGGACUUGAAAGGUCAUCAGUUUGCCAGCGAUGGAAUUGUUGUACAGUCCUAUCUUGUCUGUUGCAGAUACCACUUUAAGUAAAAAAAAAAAAAAAAGAAAAUUAAAAAAAAAAAAGAAAGCUUCCAAUGUAAUUUUUUUAUUUUCUUACUUUCUCUCUUUUUUUUAAUGGCAUUAUUAACCACAGCUUUUAAAAACUACUGUACUGCUAGUUUCCUGUUAUCAGCCCCGAGCCCUGGUUCACUGUAAUCGGCCCCCAGGGGCAGUGCAAACUGGUCAGAUAUCCAGAACUGAGAUCUACCAUCUGCACUGCUCCUCAGCAACGAAACUUCUUCAGACUGAAAGUCAUUCAGCUUGGCUGGCUACGCUCAAGAGACAGUUAAUAUUCCAAUCAACUGCAAUAACACUUUUUUGGAAUUUGAAUUGUUUUGUGGGGGAACAAAAAAAUCUGCAGAGGCCAUACAGGAUCGACCUCAAGUACAAAAUUAAACCAGUGCCUUCCCAACAGGGUCCGUAUACUUUCCAGCAAACCGCCAGUCCACUGUGCAUUUACUGUAACCGAACACUGGUCUGCACACUUCAAAAUUUGCAUUUCUAUAUUUAUCCCAUUAGUUUGAGCUUCUUUUUGCCCACAUCUGCUGCUGAGAGAUAAAAGCUUGCGGCGACAUGACUGAUUAAAGUAAAUGACUCAUCCAGUAAAGUAACUAAGUGUGAAUUUAUUUAGGAUUCAAGUUUAAAUGACAAACACGAACUUGCAAGGUCUGUGUAAGUAGAGGAAUGUGAUGUUCAACCAGACAAUGCUGAAAUUAUUUGGAUAGCCAGUGCACACAUGCACACAGUAUCCUAAACUGAACCCCCCCCCCCCCCCACACACACACACACACACACACACACACACAUACAUGCAAAUUACACAAAGCUCAAUGUUCACUGUUCACUGCUGGGAGUCAUGAAAGCAUAUCAUGAGCUCUUCCUCUGAGAUUAGCAUUUGAAGAAGGCGAUCACAUUGCCUCUCGCACCCAGAGAAGCUUUCUGCAGUCAGACAGUUCUCAUGCUGCCCACUGAAGGAGCUCCAGCUAAUCCCGCUUUUCCCAAUUGGUCUGUUAACUUUACACGGGUGCACAGAUAGCGUAUGUAAUUAUGUAACAGUAACUGUAUCCAUGGUUGGAAUCAUUAAUUGGGUUUUAAAAAUGUUUAACCGGUUGCAGGGACAAUCAUCACUUAUUGAAGCGACGCUGCUUUCUUUUCUUUCUUUUUUUGUUCUUCUGUUUUUUUUCCGAGGUGCCUCCCUGUAAUAUACACCUCUACUCGUCCCCCUGUCUUUUUCAUACUGUGUGGCAAUUGUGAGCCUGCACUGGAUCGUAAAGUUUAUAAAAGUCUGUCCGUGUUGAGUGUUCUUCUCGUUUCAGGUGCCUGCCACUGGCCCUUGUGUAUAAUUGUGUAAAGUUUUUUCUCUCUUGGACAAUGUUGUAAGGUUUAUUAUAUUAUUUUGUAUUAUUAUUGUUAUUAUUAUUAUGAUUUCUGUUAUUAUUAUUUCUGUUGAAUUUUUGGUAAGGUUUUUUGUUUCCCGUUUUCUUUUGUUGUUCUCCUUGUCUUGACAGUGAUGUGUACUUGCUCCUUCCUUUCCCUAUAAACAUGUUUUCACCAGUGAUGUUUUUUUUUUGUUGUUGUUUUUUUUUUGCCAAACGGUUGUAAGAAAAAGAAAGGAAAGGCGGUCUCCGUAUUCAUUAGCCCUCCUUAAGACUUGUAUGUGCAAGUAAAGAUGGUAAAUGUUAUCAGAGGCAGGCUGGAAAACACAAAUAAAAAAAGACGAAUUUCUCAAAAUAA